AUGUCCACACCAGAGGACGCAUUCUCAAGACUUUCGUUGGGCAAUUACCUCGCCUUCGAUGAUCCAAGAUGUGAUCUGUCGCACAGGAGACAUGAAGUCUGGGAUAUCCUUUCCUCUUUCGACAAGUCGACAUUUGCGGCUGAAUUUAGGCUUGCGGACUGGAAUAAAGUGGCCGAUCCCCAGCGCAAUUCCGCUCUCACUAUACCCGGGGAUCUGGAAGGAACUAUGCUCUAUAGAGGUUGCCACGAUGCAGCAGCCUGGCAGGCACUGAACAAGUCUUUGCCAUCAAGCGUGCGAGCCAAAAUGUUCAGUGAAAAGCUCAGCCGUCGUUUCUCGGAGCAAUUCCAAAAGUUCGACGGUCUUCAACAUACGGUGCGUGGAGGGAACGAAGUGAGACGCAAGCUGGAAGACAUUUUACGGGCAUUCCGAUAUCUUGCCAGGAUUGGCAGAAAGGAUCUCAUGAAGCGACGCGAAGGGAAAGCAACCUCAAUCAUCGUCCUUCUCAAGGUUUUGCGGGAUGUCUGUGAAGACCAAACCGCCAUUUCGUCGCUGCAGGGGAGUAGCAUUUAUCACCUACUAAUUCGCAAUGCUGCUUCUGACCAGGAGAUGUUCAUACUCGACGCCCUCGAAGCAGUAAACUUUACUGAUCCAUCUUGGACGACGACCACUGACGAUCUGCGCGAGAUGGCCCACCAACUGCAACGCAUUGAAGCGGCGCUUAGAUCUCGCUCGGCUCCGUCACGCUAUAUAUCCUCCACCCGGAGCAUCACGAAUGCUGUCCAAGCAAGAGCUCCUCGAAGGCGUGGCACGUAG